AUGCGGCUCUUAAAUCUGCUCUCCCUGGGCCUGGCUGCCUGCGCCAAGGCGGCUGGCGACAGCGAGGAGUUCAAGAGUAUUGGGUUGAGGACACAUUCACUGGCAACGCCCUACCUCGAUUCGGACAUGCAGAGCCGGUGGUAUGACUUUGGAGGCAACACUGUGAUUCGGACGGACCAAUAUAUCCGCCUGACGGCUGACCGUCCAUCGCAGAUGGGCUGGCUGUACUCGCGCGUGCCUCUGACAGCCACCAACUGGGAAAUCGAGGUGGAGUUCAAGAUUCACGGCAAGAACACGCUAUUCGGUGACGGCUUCGCCAUGUGGCUCACCAAGGAUCGCGGCCAGCAGGGCCCCGUAUUUGGUGGCGCAGACAAUUUCGAGGGACUCGGCGUCUUUUUCGACACGUACAAGAACAACCGGCCCGGCACCAUCUUCCCCUAUGUCAUGGCCAUGGUCGGCGACGGCAAGACGUCGUACGAGAAGGACACAGACGGCAAGGCCAACGAGCUCGCCGGCUGCUCGGCGCGCGGCAUCCGCAGCCCCAAGGUCCCGUCCAAGUUCCGGCUCACCUACUUCCAGGACAAGAUGUUGAAGCUCGAGCUGCAGUACAAGGUCGAGGGCGAAUGGUCGCUGUGCUUUGAGACGUUUCAGCCCCCGACGCUGCCACACGUGGCCUACCUCGGCUUCAGCGCCGAGACGGGCGAGCUCAGCGACAACCACGACAUCAUCUCCAUCGCGGUCAGCAGCUUGUACGGGCCGCCUACCGAGAGCACCGGCAACCAUGGAAAGUCGAGCAGCGGCAGCCUCGGGUCAUCGUCUGGCAAGUCGCAGGACAACCAGGGAGGCAGUUGGCUCUGGUUCUUCACCAAGAUCAUCAUGGUCGCUGUGAUCAUGGGCGGCGCAUACAUCGGCUACACGGCAUAUCGCACCAACAAGCGGUCCCACCGCUUCUGA